AUGUUUUAUAGUCAUGAAAUCCUCACAUCCCAGAGACAUGGUGUUGCUACCGUAUGGCUGGUUGCCACGCUGGGCCACAAGAGUUCAUCCAAAAAGAUCAACAGAAAAGCCAUCUUGAACGUGGAUGUCCCUCGAGCGUGUGAUACCAUCAUGAGUCCCGAAGCUCCCAUGGCUUUACGACUCCAGGGGAACCUUCUAUAUGGCGUCACCAAGGUGUACAGUCGCCAGUGUGUCUACGCACUCGCCGACGUACAAGCCAUGCUCGACAAGAUGAAAACCGCACUCAAAAUCGUCCAUGGUAGAGGCCUGCAGGCAGAUGCUGGCAAAGCAAGACCAGAAGAACUCAUUGUCCCGUACGAUCCAGCUUUCAUUCUUGACUUCACAUUCCCCGGUCUCGAUUUUGAGUUACUCAGUCCUCUUCGCUCAAUUUCUCCCCCUAAAGCAAACCUCGACUCCAGCCUGUUAUCGUCCAACAUGAGUAUCUCAUCCCACUCUCAUAUCGAUCUCAUUACCCUUCCUCAACUGGAUGUUGACCCUUCCAACACUACCGUUGCUGGGUUUGGUGGAUUCUCUUUUGCGAGUAGCAGUGCUCAUUCUCCAGAGGGUCACAAUCUUUUUGAAGCCCUUGAGUUGGAUGGAGAAGAUGAGGGAGUUCUUCUACAACCUGACUUUUAUUUCGACGAGGACGGCAAUAUCGUGGAUCUUGUCAUGACAGGUGCCGCCAUAUCACCUGCAACACCCGUGAGACGCGGAGUGAGCCACAAAGAGACCGCAGAUAUUCUUCAAGGUCCACAGGUAAUAAGUGCUCCUGUAUUCGAGAUUCAGAACAUGCUAAUUCAGUCUGAAAUCCAGGACGUUGAUAUGAUGGCCACCACUCCUGUGAUCAAUGCUCUUGACGAUGCUCAAGAAAGUGAUGUCCAAGAGCGCGCACGACCAUCUCCAACCUGGGGCCGUCUUCCUGAUCCUGACUAUGUCGACGAAACUAUGGAGGAAAACGUUGUUUCCAACCGGAAGCACCGAUCCCCUAAGACGAUGAAAAUGGAUGUGCUCACCCAAAUCAGCCGCGACGAAUUGCUACGGUGGGAUCAUGAAUAUCUGGAAAAUAUGUCCCAUCUCGAUGAACAGAGGGCGAAUGUGAAGGGUCAAGCCCAUGCUAGAAAGAAUGCAGCAUCCUGGAUCACCGGGCGCGGCAUUGGCUCUGUGGGUAUAAGCAUGGGUAUACAUGGUUUUGCCCAUCCUCUAGAGUCAUUCUGCGGUAUUUCACUUCUCGUAGCUCUCUCGGACGAAGCACCUGUUAGCGACCAGACUCGCAAGCGCAGCUCAAGCGAAAUUUCUCAAGAUGAAGAUGGCCGUGGAAGGAAUGUCCGCCGAAGAGGUUCAGAGGAUGGAAUUCAAGUUGGCUUGGCUGACCCGCAGAAACUCACCAUGCAAGAGGAUGUCGAACUUGGCCUUGAUGCUCCGCCUUCUCUCCCCGACGAUGCUUCAUCUCAAAUGCCAUGGAAUAUCACGGCUUCGCUGCAAGGAUCCGUCGCGGGCUCUUUUAGUAUACCCCGUCCAUUUGAUAGUUAUGAUCUCUCAUCUCGGCGAUACCAACGUGGCUGGGGUAAACCAGGUAGUCGCUUCUCCAGCGCAAGUCCACUGGCGAGACGGGCUCUUCCUCAGAAUCUAUUCGGUCAUGAUAGCCUCAAUAGCCUAUCGCUCAGAGAAUUUGGGGAUUUACAUGACGACGACCUUGGUGAUUUUAUCGGGGCUGGCUCUGGUAUUUUCGCUGAGACGAAUGACAAUCUGUUCGAGAGCCAAGUCACGUUAGCUAGUCUCGAUAACAAUGACAGAAACUUCCUCGACUUUUUGCACACACGAGUUCAGGCUUCAAAGUCCGAACAAGGAUCGCUUGCUGGUUACAAAAUGACAUUCUCCGAAUUGCUGCCACCGGCCUCUACUUCUCGCGCUGUGGCAACGCAAGCGCUGUUGCAUGUGCUGGACCUUACGACCAAAGACGUUAUUCAAGUUUUGCAAGGCAAGCGUUGUCGAGGAGCUCCAUACAUUAUUGAAGAUCUGGACGAAAUACGCCUCAGUAUCAGAGAUUAG